CGUGGCUGGAGGCGAGGCUGGACGUCCAGUCCUGGAAGGAGAGUCCCCCCAAAGAGGAGAGAGAGGGAGGAGCCCAGGGGGGCAGGGCUGCAGGAAGGGGGUGCUCCAGGCCUCCUGGGAAUGGGGGCGGCAGCGGGGCUGGGCGCACCUCGAGCGCUGAUCCUCUGGGCUGCGCUGGGGGCCGCAGCACACCUCGGACCCGCACCUGACCCUGAGAAUUGGUGGAGCUACAAGGAGAAUCUCCAGGGAAACUUUGUGCCAGGUCCCCCUUUCUGGGGCCUGGUGAACGCAGCCUGGACUCUGUGCGCCGUGGGGAAGCGACAGAGCCCCGUGGAUGUGGAACUCAAGAGGGUCCUCUUCGACCCCUUUCUGCCCCCGCUGAGGCUCAGCACUGGGGGAGAGAAGCUCCGGGGAACCCUGUACAACACCGGCCGCCACGUCUCCUUCCUGCCUGCACCCCGGCCGGUGGUCAACGUGUCUGGGGGCCCCCUCCUUUAUAGCCAUCGUCUCAGUGAACUGCGGCUGCUCUUCGGGGCGCGCGAUGGAGCCGGCUCUGAACACCAGAUCAACCACCAGAGCUUCUCUGCUGAGGUGCAGCUCAUCCACUUCAACCAGGAACUCUAUGGGAACCUCAGUGCUGCCUCUCGGGGCCCCAAUGGCCUGGCUAUUCUCAGCCUAUUUGUCAAUGUGGCAGGAAGCUCCAACCCUUUCCUGAGCCGCCUCCUGAACCGGGACACCAUCACCCGCAUCUCCUACAAGAAUGAUGCCUAUUUCCUCCAAGACCUGAGCCUGGAGCUUCUGUUCCCUGACUCCUUUGGAUUCAUCACCUACCAGGGCUCUCUCAGCACCCCGCCCUGCUCCGAGACGGUCACCUGGAUCCUCAUCGACCGGGCCCUCAAUAUCACCUCCCUCCAGAUGCACUCGCUGAGGCUCCUGAGCCAGAAUCCUCCGUCCCAGAUCUUCCAGAGCCUCAGCGGUAACGGCCGGCCCCUGCAGCCCUUGGCCCACAGGGCCCUGAGGGGCAACAGGGACCCCCGGCACCCCGAGAGGCGCUGCCGAGGCCCCAACUACCGCCUGCAUGUGGAUGGUGCCCCCCAAGGUCGCUGAGACUCCCUCUUGAAGACUGCACCUGCCUGCCCAAGCCUUCCCCACCAGGGAAGGGAAGUCAUCCUAUUCCCCCAAACCCCCCAAAAAGAGCUAUUAAAGGGACAGAAUACUU